AUGGACGUUUUGAAGCUCAUCUAUGGGAUAAGGGAUCAUGGAAUCCAACCCAGAGGAAGAAGGGAAAGCAAGGUAUCUGAUUAUGAGAAAGAAAUUGAGACAAAGAGAACUGUAACAAAAGAAGAGUACUUGGCCUCGUUAAGAAGGAGAAGCAGCGGGUUUUCAAGAGGUGUAUCAAAGUGUAGAGGAGUUGCCAGGCACCAUCAAAAUGGGAGAUGGGAAGCAAGGAUAGGGAGGGUUUUUGGAAACAAGUAUCUCUACUUGGGCACUUACAGUACCCAAGAGGAGGCUGCUCAUGCUUAUGAUAUUGCAGCAAUUGAAUAUAGAGGCAUUAAUGCAGUAACGAACUUCGACCUGAGCACAUACAUCAGAUGGCUAAGACUAAGUUCCAAUUCUCUUGCUUCCCAAGAACCAAAACCAAGCAUAGAGAUUCAGCAUAAUAUGUCUGCUAACCCAGUUCAAAGCAUGGGUAUGACCGAGCAGUCGAUCUUUCACUUCAAUAACCCGACGGUAGAUGCAUUGGAGAUGAACACGCUUCUUCGAAAAGAGAGAGUUUUCCAAAGUGAAGAUCCCAUCACUCCUAGCAGCUAUUCAUCAACCCCAACUGCACUUGGCCUUCUCCUAAGAUCUUCACUAUUUAAAGAGCUCAUGGAGAGGAAUCUGAAUGCCACUGAGUCACUGACAAAGAAACUGAAGAAAAUGACACGAAUUUUCCUCGUUAUGCAGGCAUUGACAAUGAGGUUGGGGAGAAUUUUGUCUAUGAAAGUUACGAACAAAUACAAGAGGGAGGGCCUAGUAUUGCCUGUUUCGGAGUCGUGA